GCGCCUACAGGGGACUUUGCGAAGCGCCGGAAACUUGGUGAAAGCUGGCUAGUGCGGAGUAGGUGGCGGGUGCGUGGGGCGGGUCGAGGGAGAGAAUAUUUCAGAAGUGUUAGAGAAGGGAAGCGUUUCCACAGCAACUACUCUCCAGGUCACUUUCUUACUACAAACUUUAUAUGGGGUUUCCUGGAGGAGAGAGCCGUCCCCCAGUAGAUGGGACCUCUGUUUUUCCUAAAGGCCAGCAGUGUUCCCCACAGAAUGAAAGACACUAACUAUACCUCCUUCCCUGUAACCUUGGCGCAGUGGCGCCCUUUCCCCUACUUUCUCAGUCUUGUUUAUAUUUCGAUUAAAUUGGCAUUGGCCCUUCAAAAAUAGCCCCCCCCCCCCCGGCUCUACCACAAGAAAGCUAGUUGCGCAGGCGCCUACAGGGGAUUUUGCAAAGUGCCGGAAACUUAAUGGAAAGUUUACGGGAAGCCUUCCUUAGCAGUCUAGCGCGGUUUAUUCUCGGCAGCGGCCUUUCCCCACCAUGUCCAGCUCUUCCAGCGUCGUGGCCAUGACAAAAGUGGUGCAGCAGCUGCGCCUCGAGGCUAGCAUGAGCCGCGUAAAGGUUUCCCAAGCUGCAACUGACUUAAAGCAGUUCUGUCUGCAGAAUGCACAUCAUGAUCCCCUAUUAACAGGAGUUUCUUCAAGUACAAAUCCAUUUAGACCUCCAAAAGUUUGUUCUUUUCUCUGACUGGGUGUCUUCAGGAUCAUCUAAAGAUUUUCAUAUCUGUGUGUAUGGUGAAUAUGGAAACGAAGAGUGGAUUGGAACUUGUACGGGAAUUUCACCUUAAUGUGCCAACUUAGUGCUAGUAAUACUGUUACUGCUGUCAAACCUACUACAAUCUACCUCCAUGAACAAAUUGUAUGUUAGUUGGAAUAACUUCUGUAUGAUGAGGCAAUCAGUUUUAUAUUCAACAAUAAAGAGUUAAUGAUUUUGAUUUUAGUAGAAAA